UUUUCACUAUAAAAAUAGGAGAAACGUUGUGCUUUCUCUCCACUGGAAGCUAUUCUUACAGGUUUCUAGAUAAUUUUCACGCAAAAAUAAAUAAAUUUAGGAGAAUAUUUAACGCACAAUGUUGGCAACAAAACGUUGUGUACUUGGACUACACAAAUAUUGUAUAUUUCGUGAAACUUUGGAAACUUUUGAGCAAUGCCAAGAGUAGUUCAUACUACGCCCGUGGGUGGCGCCACUUAUCUCUUUCAAAAUGUUAUCCAAACCAGCCGCAACCUGUAACCGCACCAUACGCAAAUUCAUAAAUAACGUUUGUGUUGUUUAAGAAUCAUCUAUUAUACAAUUACUAAAUUAAACAUUAAACUAAUAGCUAAAUAUGUCUGAACAUGGAGCGACACUACAAACAUUCAACCAAGAACUCGUAAAAAGUCUAGAAGAACUCAAACAACGCAGAAAAGAACUCUCCCACAUCAUAUAUCACCAACAAACACAGAAAGAAACAUUAGAACAACAAAUAAAAUCACUCCAAGAUGAUUUAACCAUCGUAAAUUCAAAACUGAAUGAAAGCAACAAACUUAAAUCCUCCUAUGAUCAAGUUAUCAAUGAAACUGAAGAAGGAUACAAAAAGAUUUUAGACACAUCUCAAGCACUCCUCAGUGCAAUCCAACUAGAAUCAACAAGAUUAUCCAAAACUAAAAAGAUUUCUGCUCAUUCCACGCGGUUAUCAACUCCACCGGAUCACUAAACCCAUGCGAAGCCACUGUAAACGUGUAAGAAUCCCUCGAAUAUUCUUUUUUGUACAUAUAAAACUCAUCGGAGUGGAAUGGCUCGAUGUUUGUGCGUAAUGCAAGCAACGCGACGUAAAUAUCAUCAAAACGAAAAUGUUGCGUAUAAAAACUCGCGUAGUACAUCUCCAUCAACGCCUCACGCGAUAACAGAUACGCACCGGCCGUUACAUACGGCGGCCAUCGAUUGUAUGGAUAUUCAGCUAGGCCAAUGUAGAAUUUCGUGAAGUAAUGCCGCAAUGGUUUCGUAUUAAACACAUAACCAGCGUAUAACUUCACAUCAUUCGUGAUCCUUUGAUAUAUUCCGGAUAGUUUGUUGGAUUGCGAACGAAUCUAAGGACGUUUUUUGUUGAUAUAUAGUAAUCAUCAUCAACAAACAUGUAAAAUUUCGCAGUGUUGCAGUGUUGCACCGCCCACUUGAACCCCAUCAUUGUUUUGAUUGUAUUGUUAUAGUAAACAUCAGUGAAAUUGCUUUGUAAAAUAUCGCCGAAUUUUGCAGAUUC